AAAACAAGUUUGACUCCGCCCCCACAGAGGUGUUGUCAACUGAGUGAGCUCCAGGGGUCAUUUCAACAAGGUGAUACAGGACUGAAUGAGGCACUUCCCCAAAUGAUGGAAUGGGGCCAGUUGUUACAAGGACAACAGGUCGCUGUCACCUGGUUCACAGAGACCCAGCUCCAGUCUGUGAUUGGGAAUGGUAUAGUCCCGGAAUGGUUUCAUGGGAUCAUUUCCAGGAAGACUGCGGAGGAGCUGCUAAUGUCCAAGCCUCCUGGGUACUUCCUCAUCAGAGUCAGUGAGAGCAGGAUCGGUUACACUCGUUCAUAUCGUGCUGAGGACCUCUGCAGGCAUUUCAUGAUUGAUGCAUUGGAGGACGGCCAUUACCUUAUAGUAGGGGAGAACAGGCGUCACCGGUUUCUGCAGGACCUGGUCGACUUUCAUCGUAGGACUCCCAUCAUGCCUUUCAGUGAGGUGCUGACUGUCGCUUGUGGACAGUCUUCAAAUGACAACGCUGACAAUGCAGAACUCCUGUUGCCCCAAAGACAUUCGAACACCAGUUUGCUACAAAACAACCUGCAGUCCAACAUGAGUUGUCCAGUGUCACACACAGAUACCCUGCCUGCCCUUCCUUUUCGCCCUUGUAACCUGACAAACUCUGCAGUCCUGUCUCCAAGCAGCCAACCAAACAGACUUUAUCCAUGUUUGGAAAAUGAACUUCCACACGUCACCUCCCCACUUACUACCAUGCCUGUGCCAGUGACCGGGAAGAGUUAUUCACCUGACAGCACUUCAGCCAACCAGCCUCCUGAAGCCCCUUCUCAUAGUGUGCUUGUGAAGAACAACCAGGUUUGUAUCAGAACAGACUCUGCGUCUACAAGUUCUUUCGCACAAACCACCGCUGAACACCCACUUGGUGUCAACAUUCACCCCGUAAAGAACCGGGAGGCAAAGCCGUCAGUCGUCACCAACCUGAAGAACCUCAAGAAGAAAUUCCAGAAGAAGAGAAGUGUAUCUCAGAGAGAUGCGGAGAUUAAUAUGGAGACAACUGAUAGAAGAGGAAGUGCUGAGAGUGAGUACUUGGAGAUCACAGGGGAGCAGACCUGUGAUGGUGCACCAUUUUCCUACACUUGCACUGAUGUGAUGCUAACACAUGGAGCGUUACCUCAAGAGUACAGGCCACCUCCUCCUUUUGCCCCAGGAUACUAAAACACAACUGCUCCCUUAAUGUGACUUCCCAAUUGGCGACCUCAUGGUGUCAGCAAGACUCCAGGAAGUUACUGGUCACAGCCUAGACAUAGGCUGUGUGUGAGGGUGCACUCAAACGUUCCACUAUGAAAUAUAAAAAGUAGUGUACAUGCCAUGUACAUUAAUUUCUGCUAACAAUCUCACAAUGCAGCCCUCUGUGUUUUAUCUUGUGGAAAAUUACCAUUGCAGCUGCUAGUGAUGAGAAUCUGAAAUCUCAGUUUACUGUUCACUAUUGAGUGAACUGCUUAGUGUACAUUAUAUAGGUAAUAGUAAAUGUCAGUGAGGGAGCGAUAUCAGACACACGCACACAGUCUGGCAUUAGUGGUGCUGGUAGGCAAAUUUGUUACUUGAACACUGUUUGAUGCUACACAUAAAUUAAAGUAGAGUUAAGAGUGUAAAACUAUAAAAUAUAUUAAACUGCUGUCUUCAUGUGACUAAUUAGUUUCAGGGAUGUGCAAAUGAUUUUUAAAAAUGUAUUUGGUGGCAAACUGAUACAUAUUACAUAAGUAUUGCAACAAAAAUAAGCAUGUAGCAAAUUUGCUGCCCCCUUCUUGGACUUUUAAAUUGCAGUUAUACAUUUGUACAUGCCUCUAGUAAUAGAAUAAAGUAUGAAGAGGCAGCAGGAGGAAGUUUUCUGCAGCAUAUGUAAAGAAGAAAUGAUGUCAUCUGCUUUGAAUAUAGAGAGACAAAGGCCUAUAUUGUAGCAUCAAAUGCAGAUCUGAUAUUAGCAAUAGGGAAGCUAGAGAAGAGAGCAAAUACACAUACUGGUCUAACUUGUUUUACAGGUAGAAACUUGCAUGUGAGUCAAAUUCAGUGGGUAUUUCCCCAAACACAUCAUUUUGCUGUUGGUGUAUACUAAAAUAAGGUAAUUUAGCAAUUUUAUUAUAUAUGGCUGUGCUAAUAAAGCACUUAAAAAUGUUUAAAGCUGUUAUGUUUUGCAGUCCUUUGUUUCCUAGCAGAAUAAAAUGUUUUCCUGUCAAAAUGAACAUGUCUGCAGUCUACUGUACAUUGAGUGAUGAUAUUUACCUCUACUGGGCAUACACCAUUCAUAUUUCCUGUUUCUGCUUUACUGACAGUAUGUGUGGUUCCCCUUUCCUCCCUUACUUCACUUCUCGCUCUGAACUUUGCAUACUCUGGCUUCUGUGAUGUUCUGAUAACACAAAGGUCUGGAGUGCAUGCUGCUGCAGUGUGUGGUGACGUGGGCUUGCAGCCUGCCAGGGGACUGUAAUACAUGGAUAUACCAUUCUAUUCAAGUCUUUACUACUACUGGAAAUGUUCACAGUAAAGAGCUAGAACUAUUUAAAGCCUUUAUGAACCCUUGCUUGUUUUAUUUGAUGUUGAAGUUUGUUUUCAUUCAUUCAUGAUUUCAUGUAUUCAUUUCACAUAUUAACUG